AUGGCUCCAACUAUCCAGCAACCAGCUCCAUCAUUCAAGAAAACCGCUGUCAUUGACGGUGUCUUUGAGGAAGUCUCAUUGGAACAAUACAAGGGUAAAUGGGUCAUCUUGGCCUUUUUCCCAAUGGCAUGGACUUUUGUUUGUCCUACUGAGAUCAUUGCUUACUCGGACGCCGUUAAGAAGUUUACUGAUAAGGAUGCUGUGGUCUUGUUUGCUUCCACCGACUCUGAGUACACCUUGUUGUCGUGGACUCAAGCCGCUAGAAAAGACGGGGGUUUGGGAUCCUUGAACAUUCCCUUGAUUGCCGACCAAAACCACUCCUUGUCCAAGGACUACGGCGUCUUGAUCCCAGAAGAAGGUAUCGACUUGAGAGGAAUCUUUUUGAUUGACCCUAAGGGAAUCUUGAGACAAAUCACCAUCAACGACUUGCCUGUUGGCAGAUCUGUUGAAGAGUCCUUGAGAUUGUUGGAAGCUUUCCAAUUUACGGAAAAAUACGGUGAAGUUUGCCCAGCUAACUGGCAACCAGGUGCCGAAACCAUCAAGGCUACUCCAGCCGACUCUAAGGAAUACUUUUCAAAAGUCAACAAGUAA